AAACCGCCAUUUAGUUACAGCCAGCUGAUAGCUCAGGCUAUUUUUAGCACUCCGGAUCACAUGCUUUGCUUGAAUGACAUUUACAUGUUCAUUACUAAGACCUACCCGUUUUAUAGACCCGAGGAAAAGGGCUGGCAGAACUCUAUAAGGCAUAACCUGUCACUCAGUAAGAGUUUUGUUCGUAUGCCAAGAGCCAAUGAUGAA